ACAAUAUUCUUCAACCAUCUCAUUCAAAUUUAAUAAUACAAGCAUAUAUAAUAUAUACAUACCAACCUGUUUAUGCCUUGACUUCUCACAUUUUUUUAUCUGUUUUUGUUCAUCUUCUUUGUUUGAAAGACUCAACUAAAUGGGCAAUUGUCUGAAUAUUUCGUCUUCUCCAACCACCAUCUCUGAGGAAACCAGCAAGCCAUUGCCGAUUGAAGCCAUGUUCAAGCUCCCUUCUCCACUGCCUGCUUGGCCUCCAGGUGAAGGUUUUGGCGGUGGAACCAUCGAUCUAGGAGGACUAGAACUUUGUGAAGUAUCAUCCUUCACCAAAGUUUGGGCGACUCACCAAGGGGGACCCGGCAAUUUGGGUGCGACGUUUUUCGAGCCGUCGCCGAUACCCGAUGGAUUUUUCAUGCUUGGCGGCUAUGCCCAGCCCAACAAGAGGCCAUUAUUUGGGUGGGUUCUCGCCGGAAAAGAUGUCACUAAUGAUCCAUCCGGCGCCGGAGCUCUAAAGCCACCAAUUGACUACACUCUUGUUUGGAGCAGCGAGUCUUCAAAGAUCAAGCAAGAUGGCAGCGGAUAUAUCUGGCUCCCAACGCCUUCCGAUGGUUACAAGGCCGCCGGCCUCGUCAUCACAAACUCGCCGGCGAAGCCUCCUCUCGACAAAAUCCGAUGCGUUCGUGCCGAUUUCACCGAUGUGUACCAGACCGAUGAAUGGAUUUGGGGAGAAGACGACGAAGUCAAGCCAAACGGGUUCAACGUUUUUUAUACAAGACCGGCCAAUAGAGGAGUUCAAGCUCAAGGGGUUUCGACUGGAACAUUCACAGCUCAAAACAAUGGCGCUGCGUUAUCGAUAGCCUGUUUGAAGAAUGCUAAAGGUGGGUUAUCUUCAAUGCCUAAUCUAAGCCAGAUUCAGGCUCUAAUCCAAGCUUACUCUCCAUGGAUUUACUUUCAUCCUGAUGAAAAAUUUCUACCCUCUUCGGUGAGCUGGUUUUUCGAAAACGGAGCUUUGCUUUACAAGAAAGGGGAAGAAUCCAAGCCUGUGGCUGUGAAGCCUAGAGGCUCGAACCUUCCCCAAGGUGGCUCAAACGAUGGUUCGUAUUGGCUGGAUCUUCCAACGGAUAAUUCUGCCAAAGAGCGAGUCAAGAAAGGGAAUUUACAAGAAGCAGAAGCUUAUUUCCAUGUAAAGCCAAUGCUUGGAGCCACGUUCACAGACAUUGCCAUAUGGGUUUUCUACCCAUUUAACGGGGCAGCAAGAGCCAAGGUUGAAUUCAUCAACAUUUCCCUGGGGAAAAUAGGGGAGCACGUCGGCGAUUGGGAGCACGUUACUCUCAGAAUCAGUAACUUCAACGGCGAGCUGAAGAGGGUUUUCUUCUCGGAGCACAGUUCAGGGACAUGGACGAGCGCUUCAGAACUCGAGUUCAAAGACGGGAACAAGCCGGUGGCGUACUCGUCGCUGCAUGGCCAUGCAGCCUACCCGAAACAAGGGGCGAACUUGCAGGGCAGCGGAGGGAUAGGCAUAAGGAAUGACACGGGCAAGGGCAAGCUUUUCAUGGACACCGGAGCUAGGGUUUCGGUGAUGGCGGCCGAGUACUUGGGGCCGAGCGCUGUUGUGGAGCCCCCAUGGCUGAACUAUGCGAGAGAAUGGGGUCCAAAGAUUGAGUAUAAUAUUGCAGAAGAGGUGAAGAAGGUGGAGAAAGUGUUGCCGGGGAAGCUGAAGAGGGAUUUUGAGAAUUUCAUCAAUCGCCUACCCAAUGAGAUGUUGGGUGAGGAAGGGCCCACCGGGCCCAAGAUGAAGAACAGUUGGAUUGGAGAUGAGAAGAUUUAAUUUUAUUUCUUAAUUUGUAGUAUGAUAAUUAAAAAUGGUUUGAAUUUGAUUGUUUGAUUUCUAUAUAUUAAUUAAUUAUUUUUUUCUAGCUAGU